AUGAUGAUGAUGAUAAAGAAUGCCCCGGUGUUUGAAAGGCAGCGGUUGCCGGGGGGGGGGGGGCUGGAAGAGCCGUUCCACUGUCCCGUCGCCCCCCCCCCGGAGCUGCCCCAGUGCCGGUGCCGUUCCUGGAGUUCCAGCACAGCUGCUGUUUGCGCAGCAGGUGGAUUUGAAAGAGGCAGCCCGGACAGGAGCGGCUGCUUAUCCCCAUUGGCUGGGGGGAGGUUUCCUAUUCCCAGCUUACCUGGGGGGUUUAUUAUAUAUAUAUAUAAAGAACCAGUAUCCUUUACACCGAGAUCGCGUUUGAGAAGCGAUGCUCGCCCCGGACAGUCGGCGGCCGGAGUCAGCGCCCCUGCAGACCUGGAGACAUGCUUGAAGGAGUGCAUGGAGGCUCUGGAUCACUUUCUCAACAACAAGUUUGAGGAGAGUCUGGAUAAACCGCGACCCCAGAUUAGUGACAGCAUGUAUCACACGCUCAUCUACGCGACCAUCCUGGAAAUGCGCGCCGUAAUGACCUUCGAGCACGAUGACAUCAUUAACGCCGGCCACACCAUGAAGGGGGCGCAGGCGGUGUGCCAGAGGUUUCGGAAGAUGUUGACGGUGGUUGGCAAGAUGUCCAAACCCACUGGAGAAGGUUUUACAGAAGACGAGCUCCAUGCUGAGACUUGCUAUGCAGAGUGUUUGCUUCAGAGAGCUGCCCUCACUUUCCUGCAGGAUGAAAGUAUGAUGAGUUUUCUCAAAGGAGGGAUGAAAGUGCGCAACAGCUACAUGAUUUACAAAGAGCUCCAUCCGCUCACCCAGGCUCGCGACUUCAGCAAAGGACCGAACCACAGCCACCUGGAAGGGGGGGUGUCGCUGGGGAUCGGCGCCUUCAACCUGACGCUGUCUCUUUUCCCUCCUCGGAUUUUGAAGCUGCUGGAGUUUGCAGGGUUUUCUGGGGAGAAGGAGUACGGUCUGGCUCAGCUUCACGAAGGAGCAUCCUCUCUGAACCUGUGCUCUGUGCUGUGUACCACGCUGCUGCUGAGUUACUACACCUUUCUCACCUUCAUCCUGGGGACCGGUGACGAUGACAUCUCUGAUGCAGAGUGCUUAAUCAAGCCAUACCAGAGCCGCUACCCCAAAGAGGCUGCUCUCUGGAGACGGACGCUGAAUGAGAAGCCGUGCAUGGAUUGUGCAGAGGUGAGAGUGAUCUGCGCACUCCACCACGCAGCUCAGAUUAGAAAGAGUCUGCAGAGAGAUGAAGGGCUGAAUCCAGCCUGCGUUCCUUCAGCAAGCCGUCGAGACGCGACCCUGCCAGCCUGCGCCUGCUCCUGCAGCAAGAGCUGCUGA